AUGGCACCUGGUCACCAUAUACCUCUGGCUCACGCUGCAUCCCAAUUCGAAGAAAUUUCCGCCAUCACAAUCCCACCAACUGAAUCACCUCUUCAUCGCCACAAAACUCCCUCGCCUGACACUGAUGAUCACUUCCUCACGACAUCUGAUUCAACAGGUUCUGGACCUGAAAGUGAGUCAGUUACUGCGUCUUCGAGGAUGGACGAAGAGUCUGUCAGUUACCACACAAAUACCCCGCCGAACUCAGACAUCAAGCUGUACACUGAUUCCGAACCAGCGUUAACUUCCUUCGCAACUUCAUCUGGGACCCCAACCCCAAACAUACCUGGUUCUUUGUCGCGUUACCACACUGAUCCUUCUCUUACCGCUACGUUGGUUCAAUCUGAUGAGGAUUCAUCAUUUCGAGAAGUUAAUUCUCCACACAGAAAGGGACUGCUCACCUUUUCUGAGAAUGGAACUGUCACGAACUCAGUUCUUCUCACAGUCACAGCAGGUGACCUGUCGGCUACCAACCUGGCUAUGAUCAUUAUAAUCGUCUCCCUAAUUUCCCUUGUCUGCAUAGCUGUCAUCGUUUGGUUCUUUUGUGUGCACAAAAACUAA